CUACCGUUGGCAACCAUUUGUUCGCGUUUUGGUCUCGAAUUGUAUUUAAAUAUAAUUUAAAUACGGAAAUUAUUGAGCAUAAGGGAAGAUGGUCGGAAAGCUGAAAGUGUGCAUAAUUGGCUCGGAGGGCUGGGGCGCGGCAAUUGCAGCCACUGUGAGCAACAAUGUUAAGCAGCUGGAGGGCUUCGACAGCCGUGCGCACAUCUAUGUCUAUGACGAGCUGGUACGCAGCAAAUAUCUGUCAGAGGUAAUGAACAAUUGCCACGAGAAUAUCAAGUAUCUGCCUGGCAUUAGGCUGCCAGAGAAUUUGAUUGCCGUAAAUGAUUUAUUGGAGGCUGCCAAGAAUGCCGACAUUAUGAUAUUUGCCACGCCACAGCACUUUGUGAAAUCGUAUUGCAACAUAUUGGCCGGCAAGGUGAAGAAGAACGCCAUCGCCCUGUCCAUGGUCAAGGGUCUGGCGCAUGUUUCCGAUGGCGAAAUCGACCUCUACUCGAAUUUGAUUAGCCAGCAGUUGGACAUGCCGUGCUACUCGCUGAUGUCUGCCAACAGCGCCAUGGAAAUGGCACAGGGCAAGCUCUGUGAGCUGACAAUUGGUUGCAAUGAUGAGAAUGAUGCGCGACUGCUGACUGAGGUGCUACAAACAGACAACUGUCGGGUGAUUACCAUUGACGACGUUGAUGGCGUGGAGCUGUGUGGCACGCUGAAAGAUAUCAUUGCGCUGGGUGCGGGCUUCGUUGAUGGCCUGAAUUUGGGUGAAAAUGCUCGAGUGGCUGCCCUGCAUCUGGGUGUCAAGGAGAUGAUGCGUUUCACAAUGACUUUCUAUCCCACUGCCAAAAUGUCCACAUUCUUUGAGAGCUGCGCCGUGGCCAACUCGGUGGCCUCCACCUAUGUCGAUAAGAAUGUCACCUUUGCCAAAAGUUUCAUCACUUCUGGAAAGACCAUUCAGGAGAUUGAGUCGAAUCUCUUGAAUGGCCGCAAACUGCUCGGCCCCUUGGUGGCCGCUGAGCUGAACGCCUUUCUGGAGGAGGAGGACAUGCAGGAUGAAUUUCCCCUCUUUACGGCCAUACACCGAAUCUGCCAGAACGAGGUAGAACCCGAGACAAUACUGGAGACCCUGCGGACUCACCCAGACCUGAGCAGCAGCCUAUCUUUUUCACAAUUCCUCACGGAUGAGAGCACCACGGAAGAUAGUCUCGAGAAAAUAUUGGAAACUCCGCCCGAACCUAUUUCGGCCUUGGACAAGGCCCUGGCUGAGGCAGAAAAAAAGAAAAGCUUUCGGGAAUUGAAAGAGAAUGGCAGCUGGCAUCUGGUUUAUGAUGUAAGCAAAGCCAAAAAGCAGACAUCGAUCGAUCCCUGGCAAGUAAACGAGGCGAAGGAACUACAGAUAAGUGGUUGGCUGGAGUCCCACGAUUCCAACGAACCCAAAAAUGCCUCCGGUACUCAGGGCUCAGGCGAAAACGAAAGCAUUGUUGGCUCCACAUCGGGGUCAGAUGAUUGCCAAGGCAUCGGAUGUACUGAGAAUGCGGAUGCUGAAAAAUUGACAGAUAAAACCGAGAAGAAGUUGCCUGUUGACAAAACCUGGCUAAGGGAUCAGCCACCACCAAUGAUAAUUGGGCGCGACGACAAAGCUACCACCGAAACACCAUUCAAGGAUUCUAAUAUGCCAAAAGUGGACGCUGCGGGGACGAAGGAAUCCGUGGAGAAUCACCCUAGGCCGUUCAUCAAUAAAUUUCAGGCACUGAACAUAAAGCCCAAGACGGGAAAACAAAGUAAAACUGAUACAGAGCCAGCUUCCUUCAAAGCCAAAGACGAAAGUCUGAAAAGUGAAGGUUUUCCUAAGAAACUAACGAAGCCAACGUUUUCGCACACUCAACAAAUACGGCAACAAAUCGAGGCCUUAACGUCUAAGAGUAAAGGAAAUGACAAACCAGAGUCUGAGAAAAAUGUAAAUGCAUCGGAGGCAGCUGGAGAGCGACCCAAAACUGAUGUCGAAAAGGCAACAAAGGCUGAAACUUCGAGCGCUCAGCAGGAAAAGCCAAAAAGUGAAACAAUUUCCAGUACUCCUGAAGAUAAAAACCAAAUGCAAGAGGAUCCUGUGAACAUGAAAGUGCCCAAGCAUAAAGAAUCCUCAGCAACUGGCUCCGAGCAUCAAUUUGUUUUUGACAGUCUAGAGGACAAGCACCGCUUCGAGUCAAUUUUAACGUCAAAGUCGAAGAAAGACAGGCCAUCCAGAAUAGAUGGCUCUGAGAGUGGGAAUGAUUAUACGCAGACCUGGAGGUACAUGUCGCCCCCUCAACCUUUAAAGAAUCUUCAGGUUAACGCAGAAGAUAAACAGCAGGAACAGGAAGAGCAUGAGGAAAUAUCAGAGACCAUGGAGGAAAACAAGUCGGUACCCAAGGAACAGCAACAAGACAGCCUCACGGAAGAAAACUUUGAGAAGUGGAAGCAAGUGGAGGCGGAGGAACGAACAGCGAAACACUCACAGACCGAAGAGAAUUUGUAUCUUAGUGCUGAAGAGCUCAUCAGACGUGAAUUGGAGCACCAUCAGAAAGAGAAUUACGAGCUUGCAGAGCAGGCGGAAGCCACCAGGAUACCGAAGGAGAACGAGGGAGAAGGCAAACAGGAGAUGGUCCCCGUAGAUGAGGAAGCGCCUAAAGAUGUGGACAAAAGAGAGUUACUGUCUGAAGAGAGAAAGAACGAUGUUCAGCGGCCUGCAAUAAGUGGCCAGAAGAAACCGCACCAGAGCCCCGAUGAGGCCAACCUGCGCUAUUUUAGCUUUGACAAGAAGAAUGGCAAGGGUCACGAAUGGGAUUGGCUGCACAACAAAGAAACUCCGGAGACCAAAGCCAAACCAGUGGAUGAGCGCUUGUCGGAGUAUUACGUGAACGAGAAUCGUGACCAGCAGAAGCUCAAAAAGCUCAACAAGCAGCUGCAGGAAGUAUUCAAAAAACAUACGGAAGAGGCAGACCUAGGGUUCGAGGCUUCUGGCAAUUCCGUCGAAAGCCACGAAUCCAGCGAGACUAAGCCACUGGCCCUCGAUCCUGUGACUGCCCAGAAGAGACGUGAUGCGCAACAGCCGCAGACCCCGGUUCCGGGGCCAAACCCAACUCCGGCAAAGGCGCCUCCACCCAUGCCCAAACGCCAGAAGAUUGCAGAGGGUUCGCCGCAGUUUCAGGCUGCACCGCGUACGAUUCCACCACCAUCGCCGCAGACACUGCCGCUGACCCCCCAGGAACAGCAGCCACACCGCAAGAACUUGCCCAUCCAAAGCGACGCUCUUGAGCAGCCACCAGCAUCACAUCAAGCGGAUGAAAGGUUCAAAGCAGCGCGUGGCCAGAAAGAAAUCAUUGAUACGCCAGCAGCAAACAGAAUGGCGCACUCACAAAGCGACCAGCAGGGCACAAAGAAGGCAGAGGCUCCAGCAUUUGAAGUGAAAAAGUUGAUGUCGCAUUUCUUGAAGAGAUACAAACCAGAAACCACCAAGAAAGUGGAGACUCCACCAAAUGAAGUGAAAAAUCAACGCGAGAGCGCUUAUGAGUUGGUGAAUGAUCCAAGAACCGCAACGAAGGAGCAUAAACCACUUCCUGAAGAAGACCACACUCCACCGAUAGAGAAACCUUCUGCCCAGGCAUCACCGAAGGAGCAAAAGCAGCUGAAGGCGGGCGAGAUGACCAAGAAGCUGCGUAGUAUGCUGCGCAGAGAUCAGGAAAAGAAAGUGGGCUACAAGGGCAAGAAUCCCUUCCUCAAGGAGCCAGACUUGCAGUCCCACCCACCGAUGGAUACCAGUCUCGAGCACGACCUUGCGAGGCGCAGGUCCACGGGGCAACAGUUGCGUCGCACGGUGGUGGUCAAGCCGCCCUUCAAUCCUCCACUCAAUCCUCGUGUGCGCAUACCACGCCCGCCCUUCGAUGGUCGAGAUCGCGAGUGCCAUACCCUGGCCAUGCCAGCGAUCUGGCUGAACCUGAAACAAACUCAGACCCAGACCACGCUGAGAACUGGCAACCAGGUGAAGCAGCUGUCCAUGGCGGUACACAAUCCUCGACAGUUACAGGUGCCAUUAGGGCUGCUCCCUCGUUGCCCGGCACUAAACAAACUCAUCUGCGCCGUACAGAUUGGGUUGCUGGCCACGUUCGUCGCUCGCUACAGAAAUCGCAAUAAAUAGACCAGAACCGAACUGAAUGAUGCCAACGAA